AUGUCUCUGUGGAAACAAAACAAGAUACUGAACAAGCACAAGAAUAGCAUAGGAAGAAUAUGGAGGCAACAAUCUGUUGGUGAAUUGAAUGCUUCAGGGUCAUCAUCUUCAUCGUCUGUUUUGCCAACUCAUUUUCUAUCAGCUGGAAAGAGACGAAGAAGAUCAUUCUCAUCCGAAGUUUCGCAACGUCAGUUUCAACGAGAUGACAUUUUGACAUCAGAAUACGAGAGAUGGAAGGACAUGACAAACGAGGUUCACAACUUUUCGUUCUCCAAGUCAGCAAGUACAAAAGAUGCUCAGAUGUGGCAUCAGGCAGAAUCGUGUCUGCAGAUUUGGCAGAAAGAAAAAGAUUUCGAUCGAUGUCUUGAGCUGCUUCGUUGCUUAUCAUCCUCGAAACUAUUGAUCAAGACCAUUCCUACCGAAAGCUUGUUAAAUCCUAUAUUAAAACUAUGGAGAUCAGAGCUGUUCACUCGUGCUGAAAACGACAAAGCAAAGAAUGUUCUUCUGCCGUCUCAAAUGUCCAGCUUGCUGAAUCAGUAUGAAGCAAUCGGCUUGAUCGUAAUGGAUAAGGCAUCACAUAGCAUGAUUCUAGAUGCAGCAAGCCAUAUGAAAGAUCCAAAGGAAGGUGUCUUCUUUGCCCAAGAGUAUCUUACGAAUUGGAUCGAAAAGUGUCGAAAGCAAACAAAUGGUCAGAGUGUCAGACCUGACGUGGUAUCGAUUGGAUCUGUCAUUCAUGCCUGGGUGGAGAGUAAUCAUCCCGAGGCACCCAAACGAGCCGAAGAGUGGAUGAAUGUCUGUACAAAGUUUCUUAAUAUUCAACCCACCACUCAACUGUAUACUUCUGUCAUUUCCGCCUGGGGAAAACAAGGUGAUGCUCGCCGAGCUCAAGAUUGGAUGAAUCGGUUACGGCAACGGAAUUUGGAGGUUGAUUUAGGUGCAUGGAACGGACUCUUGUCAGCAUAUGCACAUUCCAACAAGCAACAAACAAAGAGGCGAGGGCCAUCCCCUGCCAAGCAAGCCGAACAGAUUCUGAAAGAAAUGAAGCGGCGGCACGACAACGGUGAACUAGCGCAAGCUCCAGAUGUCGUUUCGCAUACCAUUGUUUUGGAUGCGUGGUCGCGACAAGUGCUUCGAGAAAGAGGUGCCAAAGCAAAGGCGCAAUGUGCUCGGAGGGCCAUUCAACUUUUGGACGAAAUGAAGCAAUCUCCAAAUCCUUCCACGAGACCCAAUACAAUAUCCUACAAUACAGUACUGUCGACCUGUGCUCGUGCUGGAUUGGUGAAGGAAUGUGAAUCAUUAAUGAACCAAAUGAUUCACGAGCACUCACAGCACUCGGACACUCUAGUGACAAAAAUGACGGGUGUUCAACCAAAUGCCCAAAGUGUGGCGUUGCUGUUGCAUGCAUACUCACAAGCCAGGAUGGAUCCAAUGCUGGCUGCCGAAAAAGCAGAAGCUACUCUGAAAGAUCUGCUUCCAACUCUUGGGAUUCAGCCCAAUCUCCAAAUAUUCAACAACUGCUUGUCCUGCUGGGCCAAAGCGAGCAAUCCAAAAACAAUUGUACCAGUGGAACGAGCGACAGCGCUGUUUGAAGAAAUCUCGAGUGUACACGGUAUGAAGCCUGAUAUCGUGGCGUAUACGGCCCUUAUGAACGUGCUGGGCCGCCAUGGUGAAGCCGAGCAAGCACAAAACUUGUUGGACGAUCUUUGGAAAACCUAUCAGGACGCAGUACACUCGGGCGAUCCAAGUGCCAAUAGUUACAAACCUUCUGCUCAGUCACUGACGACGGUGCUUUAUGCCUGGUCCACUAAAGAUCCGGAACAAACGGAAGCUUUGCUGCAGCGUAUGUCACAAGACUACGACGCCGUGCCCAAUGUCUACUCGUAUUCGGUCGUAUUGAAGGCUUGGGCUCGACAUGCUUCCUCAGACAAAUACCCUGAUGCGCCAGACCGAGCGUUGGCGAUUUUGGAAUUCAUGGAAGAUCACGAUAUCGUGACUCCCAAUGUAUUUUCGUACUCUUCAGUGAUUCAAGCAUUUGCCGAACAGGGCCGUGCCAAAGAGGCGGAAGGUUUGUUGAAUAGAAUGCUGAAGCGACUGCAAAAGGAUCCCACCGACAAAGCUGUCAAACCAGAUUUAUAUACUUUCAGCGCAGUCCUCUUUGCUUGGUCCAAAUCCAACGCUCCGCAUGCCGCCAAUCGUGCCGAAGCCAUUUUGGUACGAAUGCUAGAACUCUACUUCUCGGGAGACUUGGAUCAACCUCCAAAUGUAUACUGCUAUACGAAUGUUCUGGCAUGUAUUGCACAAUCCAGACAACCAGGAUCUUCUGAGUGGGCAUUGGGAAUUAUGCGAUCGAUGCAAAAGAAUCAGUCCAAGAACAAAGGCAGCCACAACGCUGCGGCGCCAAACUUGUUUUCGUACAAUACUGUAAUCAACGCCUUUGCCAACGAGAUUGGCCGAAUGUCCGGCCGGGGAGACGACAUCACAAUUAAAAAAAUCGAGUCGAUGAUGGCUGAAGUGUUUGAUUUGGUCCAGGAAAUGAUUGAUUUGGGAGAACAAGAUCGAAAGAUGAUGCCCGAUGAAACCACAUACCUUACAGUAUGCAAAGCAAUUCAAAACGUUCGUACACGAAGCAAGCACAAGAAACAUGUCAACCGGCUUUUGUCCAUUGUGGAUCAACAAAGAUAUGAACCAACUACUGGGAUGAGGAAGCAAUUUCGAGAACUGAUGAGAUGA